AUGGUCAACCUUAGCGUCGAAGCGGACGUCCCCAUCUGCAUCCACACCGACCUUCUUGCUGCGAAAGCCCCACAGUUCCAUCUGUCCACGAUCCGCGACAACAGACUGACCAUCCUUGCCCGCUUUGUGGAAUGGGCCUACACCGGCUACUACACCGCGCAGUACGAUAAUACCAAGCUCAACGUUGGCGUGGGCGAAAUCCUUUCUACAAUCGAUGAUGCGACCUUACAUAUCGAUAUGAUCACCUUUGCAGACAAGUACGGAAUCUCCGCGCUCGUCGCCUUGGCGCAGGACAAUCUCAGCGCGGUCGCCGAAGAUUUGUUCGAGAACUAUCCCCGACCCUCCAAGGUCUCGGUCUUUGUGAAUAUUUGUGCCAUAGCCGUUUCAGAGCUAGGCGCGAGCCAUUCAGCCUGUCGGGAUCUCGCCCGUUUCACCGUCCGCAACUUGGACGUCGUGCGGGCGGCCGACCUCUUGGACUCGUUUCUCGCAGACCAUCCCGAGUUUGCGGUGGCCAUGGUGAAGUAUUUCGAGGGGCCAACUGCUGGCUAUGAGGCUGAUUCUUGUGGUUUGGGUCCUGGUCGCGAUUUGGAUAGCGAAGAUGCUCUUUCUUGGCAUCCCGAUUCCUUCGUCGUGGGUCGUCGCGCUUCCGAGAGUGGGCAGAGUCGUUCGGUCUCAGACAUCGAUGAUCCCUUCCGCGGGUGGCCUGUUGGUGCUCCUUCGGGUUCGACUGGGAAUGAUAGGAAAGCCUGCGAAGUUCCUUGGUAA